GUUUAAUUCCAAGUGAAAUCCGAAACCUUUGGUUCACACUUUUUUGUCAUCGAAACUCCUCCUGAACGGAGCAGAAACACAAAAGGYGCCACCUGAGUUCUUGUGUUGUUUACCUGCUUCAGCUGACGUCCAGUCAGAGCAGCGCUCGUGACCGCACCCUGUCAACUCAUGCGCGCAGGAUGGAGAUAUAAAGUUCCCAACGACGAGGAUUACAGGAUUACAGAGUUUGGACGGUGGCUUUUACGCACAAUGGGAUUAUUUUUGGCCAGAAGAGCGGUUGUGCUCCUAAUUAUCCUGCAUGGCUCCAGAGAAGUCCCACAACCAAAACCCACCAGUGGUGUCACGCUGGUGCCUCCCAUCAAGCCUGACAAUGGACCYCAUGUCUACACAGAUACGGAAAAAUCCAAUUUACCCGUGUUUACAAUGAACUAUCCCAGAAUACAGAUCCCAUUUGAGGUCACUUUGUGGAUGCUGCUGGCUUCUUUGGCAAAAAUUGGUUUCCAUGUGUAUCAUAAGAUCACUAUCUGGGUGCCCGAGUCCUGCCUUCUCAUAAGCAUUGGUCUGAUUGUGGGGGGCAUCAUGUAUGCAGUCCACGAGGAGCCCCCAGCUGUGUUCACCAGCAACGUCUUCUUCCUCUACAUGCUCCCCCCGAUUGUCCUAGACUCUGGCUACUUCAUCCCCAUCAGGCCUUUCUUUGAGAACAUAGGCACGGUGUUCUUGUUCGCUGUGAUGGGCACCCUGUGGAACAGCAUCGGCAUUGGCAUCUCUCUCUUCACCAUAUGCCAGAUCGAGGCGUUUGAGUUGCAGGACAUCAGCCUGCAGGAGAACCUGCUGUUCGCCUCCAUCAUCUCGGCCGUGGACCCGGUGGCCGUGCUCAACGUGUUUGAGGAUGUGUCUGUGAACGAGCAGCUCUACAUCGUGGUGUUUGGAGAGUGCCUCUUCAACGACGCGGUCACUGUGGUGUUGUACGACAUAUUUAGUUUUGUGGCAGACAUGCCAGUGGUGGAGCCUGUGGACGUGCCCUUGGGCGUGGCCAGGUUCUUUGUGGUCGGGCUUGGUGGAAUGGGCUUCGGCAUCCUGUUCGGCUUCGUGGCCGCCUUCACAACGAGGUUCACCUCCAAGGUCCGAGAGAUUGAGCCCCUCUUCAUAUUCAUGUUCAGCUACCUGGCAUAUCUGAUGUCCGAGCUGUUUGCCAUCUCAUCCAUCAUGGCCAUUGUUUGCUGUGCUCUCACCAUGAAGUACUACGUUGAGGAGAAUGUUUCCCAGCGUUCCUGCACAACCAUCCGACACAUGGUCAAGAUGCUCGGCUCCAUCUCAGAGACCAUCAUCUUCUUCUUCCUGGGUGUUGUCACUGURACAACAGAACAUGAGUGGAACUGGGGCUAUAUUCUCUUCACGCUGCUGUUUGCUUUUGUGUGGAGAGGUCUGGGUAUUUUUAUGCUAACUCAGAUCAUUAACCCUUUCCGCACCAUCUCCUUCAACCUGAAAGAUCAGUUUGGUUUGGCCUACGGAGGACUGCGGGGGGCCAUUACCUUCGCUCUGGCCUUCACUCUGCCCGAUACAAUCGGUCGAAAGCCGCUCUUCGUCACCGCCACCAUCGCAGUCAUCCUCUUCACCGUCUUUAUUCAGGGGAUCAGCAUUCGACCUCUGAUUGAGCUCAUCAACGUCCGCAGAACAAAGCGCACAGAGGACACCAUCAAUAUAGAGAUCCACUGCAGGCUCAUGGAGCACACCAUGGCAGGAAUAGACGAUCUCUGUGGGCAGUGGAGCCAUUUCUACUGGAAGGACAAGUUCAUGAAGUUCAACAACCGGUUUCUGCGCAGGAUCCUGAUCCGAGAAAACAGAGCCGAGUCCAGUAUAGUUGCGCUCUACAAGAAGCUGGAGCUGCAGAACGCCAUGGAGAUCCUGGACAUGGUGUCUGUAGACAUCAGAGCUACUCCGUCCACCGUCUUGCUUCAGGAGGAAAAGAAACGUUCUGCUAAACCUAAGAAGAAAUUCUUGGUUGAGGACCUGAGGGACAUGCACAACAUCCUGUCCAAGAACAUGUACAAGAUCAGGCAACGGACUAUGGCAUACACAACAAAGUACGCUCUGCCCAACGACACCCAGCCCAGAGAGAUCUUAAUCAGACGUCACUCCAGCAUCCRCCGAAGCCUCCGACCCGGAAGCUUUCAGUCAGAGCUGGUACCCAAUUCACAGAAGUAUUUCUCACAUCCUGCUGGACAGAGUCUGGAGUCAAGGUUUCGCUCUGCGAGGCGGAGUUAUGCUGACCGUGAAACCAUGUCGGAGGUGGCCUACCCCACACGGCGCUCUCGUUUCAACCAACCCAAACACUCGUCCUCAGGAGCCAUGAUGCCUCUGCAGCGGCUGGACACUCUGAAGGAUGUCCCCUCUGUCGAUGUGCUGAAUGAGAGCGAGAAAGGCAGCAAGGGCCGCGGCGUCUCCCGGAUCAACUCCUCCUACAGCRACUCCCGUGUCCGGACUCCUCGCCGUCAUUUCAACCGUCCCGUUGAUAACGGCUCGGCUGACAGAAGAAAUGAUCCAAACGAGGCAGAAGAGGAUUCUUCUGCCUURCCUUUGUCUCCACCUCCAGUCUGGGCAGCUGAACCCAGAGACAGCACACCUCAAAACCCCAUGCUCAGGCGGCCGAAGUGGACCCCGAGGAAGAAAUGAUGCUAAAGCUCACUGGGCUUUAACCAGCAGCUGCUCCGACCCAGACUGAAUCUCAGAUGGAYGACCAGCUGAAAACUCAUUUGCCGUUUGGAUGAACUCUGAAAGCGUUUAUUUCCUUGUGGAAUGAUCCAAAAUACAGAAAUACCUCAUGGAAGUGUCAUGCACUCUGGAAGCACAGUGCACGAAGACUCAAAGUGAUGCACGUGAAAUGUGAACACUUUCACUCCGUUUAGAUUAGUGAUUGAAAUUCUUUAUUUUUGGGUGUUUAUCUUGUAGGAUUAUUUAAAAAGUUUUAAUAAAUGUUAAUUUUAAUAAGUGACAUUUUUUGUUUUUUAAUGUAAAUAUUGUUUCUUUUACUUUAUUGUAUAUAAGUUAGACUGAGGAAGCAUCUUUUGUGAAUAGGUGCCAUUUUGUUGAAUCGUACAAUUAAGCAGCAUAUGUCUGCAACACAGGUGGACACUUUAUUCCUAUUUCUACAAUAAAUGCCUUUGUUGCACACGCUUA